ACUGCGUGUUCGACGAUCAUCAUCGUCGGUACGGAUUCCCAUGUGUUCCCUCCGUAGUGCACUCCAUCAGCCAUCGUCAAAUCAGCGGAAGAACAUGGGCAUCUAUGAGGCCCUAAUCACUGCUGUUCUAAUUCACCGCGUGCUUGCAGUGCCCAGUUUCUACAAGCAUGUGAACCUAAACAGCUUCUGUGACGGCCACAUAGACUCCUCUAUAGAUCUGGGUAACGCCUCUUCGUCCCUGUCCUCUGCCAUCGUCACUGCCACUCAGCGUCGUCACAGAAGAGGAAAUCCCUUUUGUGAGUGCAAGGUUGGCAACACUGGGGGCACGGGAGGUCUCAUCGUCACAAUCGAAGAACUCAACCUACGCAAGGGCUCCAUCAAUCAGUCCUGCAUCGACUUCGUCAUUACAGGAACGAAGUACUGGAACGAGGACAGCCCUCGAUGUGGCGUCGUGACACGGAAAGAUCUGGUGAACUGGGUGACCACGUAUUCCGUCACCAUUGAGCUGCACACGCAAACCCCUAUCUCCUACUUCAUCGACGGGUACCUUCUUCGCAUGAUCAUCACACGAUAUAUUGACGCUCAAGACGGCAUGUGUGCACCAUCGCAGUUCCUUUGUGACAACGACCGCUGUAUUUUCUCAGGAUACCGCUGCGACGGAAACAACAACUGUGGAGACCUCAGCGAUGAAUCACUGUUCGGAAAUUCCAUGUGCAGUGAGUACGGAGGCAGCAUAGACUGUCGGGGUGAAGUACACGUAGUUAUGCUUCUCUUUGCUACAGUGAUGCCUCGGUCGUCGCUCAUUCUCAUUACAAUGGGGCUGACGAUAUUUUCAGUUACGUGGCUGUCUGUCCUCAUGUGCUGCGUUCGAAGUGUUGUCCUAAAACGGCGGGUCCUGAUGGAAAGUCGAGGUUGGGGUACAGUGACACCUCCAGUGGCCACCGUUCUGGAAACGAGUAUACAUGAAAAGUCAGAAGCUCAAGAGUCGAUGGACGCUGGGACGUCUGGGUUACAACAAUUUCGUGGUCUACGAAAUCGGUCCAUGUCGAUGCCUCGUUUUCGAAAUCCAUUUUCCGUCCCGGUUCCUAAUCAGGAACAAACCGAGGAAAUACGUAGUUGAAUAACGCGCAGCGUAUAGAUGCAUAUUACUCGAAAUGAUCAUGUAGACUGUCUUGAUUAUGUGCGCUGCAUUCGCAGUUGUGAUACAAACUAUGCAUAGUGAAUACACAAGGUGUCGAACGAGGAGAUGUGAUUUAUUUCUUUAAAAAUAGGCUGCAGGACCUAAUAACUUGGAGCGCUUUCGCGGCAAUGAGUUCUUUAACCAGACGCAAAUAUAGAUUUCAUGGAGCUGAUGUGAAACUUGUUUCAAUUAUGCAAAAGUAGGAAUUAUCGGGUUCGAAUUAAAGAGCGAGUACUUACAUUAAAAUGUAGCAGAUACCAGACAAGUUGUCG